UUGCUCUCAACACACACACAACCAUAGAAGAAGAAGUUUAUACCGUGGCUGAGUGAGUGAGUCAAGGCAGAGAAACUAACGGGAGCCGAAAAAUCGUUCAAAUUUCAAUUAAAUCGACAAAUUGCUUGUGUGAGCGCUAGCCAAUAUCAAUUAUGGAGCAAGUGCUGCAGAAUUCCCUGAUAACGGCGGCCGUUCAGUUAGAAAAACAACUCGAUGGUGAGUUGGCUCGUCUUGACAGUCUCGGUGGAGAGGAUUUGGAAAAACUGCGCGAACAACGCAUCCAGGAAAUGAAGAAACAGGCUGCCCAAAGGCAAGAGUGGAAAAAUAACGGUCACGGUGAAUACAGCGAACUGGCGGACGAGAAGGAAUUCUUCGAAGUGAGCAAAAAAUCUGCCAACAUCGUGUGUCACUUCUAUCGCGAUUCGACACCACGCUGCCGGAUCGUCGAUAUGCACCUGAAAAUUUUGGCCUCCAAGCAUGUCGAGGCUAAAUUCUGUAAAGUGAAUGCUGAAAAGUGCCCCUUCCUGACGCAACGACUGCGAAUCAAGGUAAUUCCUAGUAUAGCACUGAUCAAGGACAGCAAAACGAAGGACUACAUAGUCGGGCUCACCGAUCUGGGCAAUUGUGACAAUUUCAGCACCGAAAUGCUCGAGUGGCGCAUCGCACACUCCGGGGCGAUUGAGUAUAAUGGUGACCUGCUGACACCUCCGGACGAUAAGAAGAAGAAAAAAUCUUCCGCCUACAGUUCGAAAAAGAUCAUUCGUGGUGGUUACGAUUCCGAUGAUUCAGAUAUUGACUUCGAUGAUUGAACAGCGUUGCAACUGAUUGCUCUGGCAGCAAACAGAAGGAAGAGAAUCGAAGAUUGUUUGUUUUUGCGAGAGCGCGAUAGAUAAACAUGUAGUAUUUAACGUAUUUCGUAGAGCUUAAGGACCCCAUUCGUCAACACGGACCUCAUUCACACCAGACUCGCAUAGCUGACGGAUGAUGCCUUUUGAACAAGAAGUCGCAAAUUGCUGCUAAUCUUUUACCUAACUUCGAUAGGGUUAGAUAAUUUAUGCUCCGUUGUGAAUUCAACAUUCAAGUCUGCUUAUUUCGUACUAACUUGCACCUGAAUUUAAAAUUUUUACUCUGUGCUGUUUCGUUUAUUUUUUGUCUGACACCCAAAACCCAUAUGUAGCAAAAAAAUAAAAUUAAACAAUAAACUUGUAUUUUAGAUCAGAUUUUGUGUCGACGCUUGAAGGAUAUUUUAGCACUCUUAACUUAUUCUUAAGCGUUUGACAAUGGCCAGUAAAAAAGAAAACCUGUACGGAUAGGUUUGAAUAACGCACUGUGCAAAAAGAAAAAAAACGUUCAGUAACGAUUGCUACGAUGUACUCCAAUAACCAUACGACUACUAGUACGGAAUUAUCCUCGUGCAUAGUUGACAAAUGGACAACACUUUUGCGGAUCUUCAAGAGCUUCAACAGUUAGAAAUAAAGAGAAAAACAAAUUACGAGCGCAAGAAGCUUAACUAUCAAAACCAAUAUCACCUGACUUCUAUGCGCGUUGCCGUUUUUUGGCUUAGGGCAGUGAAGAAGAGAAAAAUAGAUGGCAUCGCGUAGAUGAUAUUUUUCCGCUAAUUGAUAAAAAUAAUUUUACAAGCAAAGGCAAAACUCGAAAUUGAAUAAAAUUUAUUUAAGUUUUCUAUUAAUUAUAA